CCUCAACCUCUGAGCCCAUGCCCUGAAUUACUGAACCUCGCGCCUUGAAGCUGUUCCUCGGAGUUGAGGCUGUGGAAAAACAUCUAUAAUGAGCUGCGGAUUAACGGAAGAGGAAAUUGCAGCUUUAGAAAAGGAGUCUUGCGAGCGGCCGCAGCGAAUCGUCGCCGAAAAGUCGUGCGAGCAGCCUGAAUGCGGCAGCAGCUUAUUAACAUGUGCAAGCUCUGGCCAUAAGUCCUGCCAGAAAGAGGAGGAGGCUAGCUCGUCUGCUGCACAGGAAGCAGCUUGCCCUGGCGGGCCGGUCGCUUGCUACAAGUGCAAAACGGCGCGAGCGAUCGUCCUGGGGCGUCAACGUGAGGCCAUGUGCCACGCUUGCCUGGAGCUCAGCGUGCGUGGAAAGGUGCGAGCCCUCAAAACGCACAAGCUGCUGCUCCCUGGCGACAACAUCGCGGUAGCGCUGUCUGGCGGGAGUUGCUCGCUGACGCUGCUCAGUAAUGUAUUGCCGAUGCGCAAGGACGCUUCCACGCCUCGCAAGGAGAGGGGCAAGAUUGAGUUCGGCCUAACAGUCAUUCACGUGAACGAGGCGACGGCGCACGGUGCCGCAGCUGCCGAGGCGGAGGCUCACAGUCGCGACGUAGUGGCGGCAGCGCGCCAGUGCGCGGCAGUAGCUGCGGCGAUGACUACGGCGGAAAGCGGCGGCAGCUCGACCGCUGCCAGCACUAGCACCAGCAUGGGCAACGCCAGCCCAGGCUUGGACGUGUGGGUGGUGCCGCUGCGUGACGUGUUCCUACUGGGUGACGCAGAAGCGUUGCGCCGCGAGGCCGUGCGGAGCUGGAGGCAGCAGCAGCAGCAGCAGCAGCAGCCAGCCGCUGACGGGACGCCGGUAUGGGGUGGGGAGGCGGGCGGGGACUCGGAUUAUGUGGGAGAGGCAGCCGCGACGGCCAGCGGCGCUGCGGAGCGCGAGGCUCGCCUGCAGCAGCUCUUGCAGGCGGUCCAGGACCCUACCGGGCGGGAGGAUCUCAUUCGACACCUGCGGCGGCGCCUCCUGGCAGCAGCGGGCGCCGUGGCCGGCGCGACCAAGCUUCUGUGUGGAGACAGCGCCACAGCUCUGGCGGCCCGCGUGAUUGCGGAGACAGCCAAGGGCCGGGGCUUCGCUCUGCCGUCGGACAUCCAGCUGGUGGACGCACGCGGCACAGGGGCCGGCGAACCCACCUUCCUCUACCCCAUGCGCGAGGUGACAGUGAAGGAGGCUGUGUUUGUCUGCCGGCUGCGCGGCUUGCACCUCGCGGAGCUGCCGGCCCCGCUGCUGCUCGCGCGCCUGUCAUCGGCGUCAACGGGUCUACACAGCCACCCACCCCGCCGCUCCAUCAACAGCCUCGCGUCGGCGUUUGUCGACUCGCUGCAGGCCAACCUGCCAUCGACCAUCUUCACGGUCCUGCGCACCGCCUCUGCCCUGAGGCCCUUCCCCUUCAACUCGCCCGAUGCCAUGCCAUCCACGUUCCCGGCCACGCCAAACAAUGAGCUUAAGGCGCUUCACGGACGGAGCACUGAGGGCGCGAGUGGAGCAAAUGGAGACGGCGUAGCCGUCGGAUGCCGGCCGGCAGCGGUGCCAUGCUGCGUGCUCUGCCGUGCGCCACUGAGUGCGCGCGAGCUGCGAGCGAUCCAUGCCGCAGCCGCGUCAGCAGCUGACGCGGGAAAGCAGGAGGGCGCUGGUAGCGUGGAGGUGGUGCAGGCGGAGCAGGAGGAGGGCGACGACGAGGAGGACGCGGCGGCGCCGUUCUGUGGCAGCUGCCGGGGUCAGAUCCUGUUUCGGCCGGGGCACCACGAGGCACGGGGGCGAGAGGAGGCUGGGGGCAGCGGCAACGUGGAUGGACCGUCGCUGGUGCAGGGACUGUUGCCGGAGGCGCUGGCGGCGUAGAGGUGUACGAGGUGUUUCUGUGGCAAAUGAUGCAUUAGGGUCUUGAACUGUCUCAACAACUUCGGCAAGGGCGUGUAGGCGAGCGUGCCAACGAAGACAUGGGGAGAGAGGGUGACACUGCCGGACAUGAGGCGGGCACAGCGCGAUGGCGGUAUU